AUGCAGCGACUGACACGAACGAUUCACAGCGACGCCGUGAAGAUAGUUUUCGCAUUUAUUCUCCCGCCACUUGGUGUAUUCCUCGAGCGCGGCUGCGGAGCCGACUUCCUCAUCAACAUCCUCCUGACCAUCCUCGGCUGGAUUCCCGGCAUCAUUCACGCUCUGUACAUCAUAUUCAAGUACUAG